UUUGAUAUACUAUGGAGAGAAUGAAAAAAAAGAAUGACAUCCUUGUGGUGAUAGAAUGUAUAUACAUCUGAUUCCUAUGAGAGGAAUCUAGACAUGAAAAUGGACAGUGCAAAUCCAUUGUAACACCAGUAAGACGUUACAACACAUUAAAAAUACAAAUGGAUGACAAAAGGGUGAGGGCUGUCCUUCGUGGAUCGUUGCUAGAUCUUCCCUACCGCAGUUCCAGGGUUGUGAGGAUCUUCAUCAGUUCAACAUUCACAGAUACGAGAGAGGAAAGAAAUUUAUUGAUGGAGGAGGUUCACCCCAAACUGACAUCCUACUGCAGGAAGAAAUACGGACUUGAAUACCAGGUAGUUGACAUGCGCUGGGGAGUCCCUGAUGAUGCCGCUGAUGACCAUUUGGCCACUUCCCUUUGUCUCCAGGAAAUACAGAAUUGUCAGAGGCUGUCUACCGGACCAAACUUUGUGACAUUUCUGAACCAGAAACAUGGAUUCCAUCACCUCCAGUCAUCUAUUCCCAGUAAGGAGUUUGAUGAACUCAUCCAGGCUUUACAGACGCUGGGUCAGGAUCACAGUCUGCUGAACGUUUGGUACAAACAGGACACCAACUGUAUACCACCAGUACACAUACUACAGCCAAUCAGCUCUAUUAUAACAGAGUACAAAAACAAGACAAAUGAUGCAAUCAAUAAAUGGAAUGUUGUACAACUCAGCUUGAGGCAGUUACUGAAAACAGCAAGUCAGCAUUGCUAUGACAACAAGAAAAUGACUGCAGAAGAAAAACAUAAAUAUUUUAUGUCAGUCACAGAAGAGGAAGUCCUACAGGGAAUACUGAAAACGGCUACAAAACCGAGGAACCACUGUCUGUGUUUCAUCCGUAUCAUUGACGAUAUAAAACGUCAUCUGAAUCACAACAAAGCUUGGCGCUUCAUUGAUAUGGUGAACCAGGAGAAAGUAGACGAGGAGGCUCAGGAAAUUCUCUCCAAUUUGAGGGAUAAUAAAGUCUUAAACAAGAUGGAAAAUUCCAACAUAUCAAAGAAGACAGUGAAAUGGAGUGAGGAAGGAGGGAUAAGUAAAGAGGAACACAGCCAAUAUCUGCGCGAGUUUGGGGACAUAUUCUACAUUGGGGUCAAACAGCUCAUAGACAAAGCUGUGCAGGAUGAACUGAAAUUGGCCCAUGACGAAUUGUACUUAGAGGUGUUGCAGCAUCUGACCAUGGCUAAAGAAAGAUGUUCCCUGUUUCAUGGCCGAGAGGACAUACUAGAACAAGUGGCUACCUAUCUUUGUGGGAACUCGGACGAACCAUUGACCGUCUACGGACCUUCUGGGAGUGGAAAAACCUCCAUCAUAGCUGAGGUUGCUCGACAGGUCCCCUUUACAUACAAGAAGGAUGCCAUUGUGGUUCUGCGGUUCCUUGGUACCUCACCAGCCAGUAGUAACCUGUGGCGUCUGUUGAAAAGUCUUGUCACCCAAAUCUUGUCCAACAUUGAAGGUGACCUCAACAGUAUCCCAUCGGAAUUCAACAAACUCCUUGCAUUCUUUCAGUCCCUCAUUGAAAAGUAUGAUAAGCACUCUUCCAAGCCUCUAGUCAUUUUACUGGACUCGCUGGACCAGCUGAGCUCCGAUUUUGGGGCUCACAAAGCUCAGAUGGUUACCAAAAAAGCUUGGAAAAAAUGUACGAAUUGUGACGUCUACAUAUACAGAGUCUAAUGACAUAAUAAAUUCACUCAAAUCAUUAUUUUU